GCGUGGCAGUGUCAGUUCCAUAGGCCUUGGUGUACUCGCCCCAGUCUCAUCUUCCACUUCGUUUCUUCCGUUGCCGGUGACUCUCUCCUCCAUCGCAACCGCCGUCUCCGUCCUCUCAUUUCUGUCUCUAGAAAACCUCAAAUAUCUUUCCUCUCCAUCAAGAAAAAUUACCCAAUCCAACGCAAUGACCAGACCCGCUUCAUUUCUCCGAUUUCUCUCUCUCCUCUCCCUCCUACUACUCAUCUUCUCUCCCUCUUAUGUUGCUGCUGAUUCCCACUUCGAAGGCUUCGAAGCCGAAGAAGACGACGUCGUAGAGGAAACCAUAGACCAUGACUCCUUUAAACUCACCGAUCUUCCCUUAACUCGGUCCGAUUCACCACUUACCUCAGUCCCAGAGCCUACAUCGGAAAAUUCUGAGCUAAACCCGAGUUCCAACUCGGAUUCUCAAUCCUCGAAACCCGAAUCGGAUCAAUCGAAACCAUCCUCUCCACCAUCAACCACCAGCUUUGAUUACUGGGACGAAGAUGAAUUUGAAGGUCUCCCUGUUCAUCAACCCCCGCCGGAAACCCCUAAAGCUAUGGAGUCUACCUUUCACGCUGAUAACCAAAGCACAGAUCCAAAACCAAAUACGUUUUUGAAGAAGCAGCAAUCCUAUACAGUGGAAAUUGUGUGCGUCUCUUUCUUGAUCAUGUUCAUUAUCAAUUACUUCACUGGGAAACGCGAAAAUGAGAAUUUGGCGCUAUCUUGGGCGGCAAAAUUCGCUACCAAAGACUCUAUUUUCGAGAAGAAUUUUAGCCUUCUGGGUGUUGGAGAAGGCGAUGAUUCGCCGCUGUUGUUGAAAGAAGGGCAGAAUGUUUUUAAGUUUUAUGCUAGUGGUCGUAGGUACUGUCAAGGGUUAUUGGCUACCAUGGAAUUGAAGAGCAGGCACGAUUUGAUUGCGAGGAUUUAUAAUAUGAUAGUGCCUUGCAAGGAUGAGAUUACUUUCGAGGUUUAUAUGAAUGAUGAUGCGAUGGAUCAUGUGGUUUUCGCCCUGGCAAAGAAGAAGGCAGCCAAAGGCAUGCAGAAAGAGGUGAGGGAUUUGCAGAGAUUUGCAGUAAUUGUAGCGCAGCCACCUAGUGGCAGGAGAUGGGUGUCUGAGGAAUUGGGUGUUAUUUCAGAGUCCAAGGAGGUUGCUGGGGAUUUGAUCACUGAGACUGUGCUUGAGCAGGUUUUUGGUGAAAAGGCUUUUGAGAAAUUUGGCAAGGGUUUCAUCUCGAUGCAUUUUUCUGAUCAACACCCUGGAACACAUAAGAAGAUGCUGUUGUUCAAGUUUGCACUCCCUGAUGCUAACAACAUGGCUGAUAUGACUCGAUUAAUAGCUCUAGUUCCUUAUUACAUCGAUGUAAUUGGGCGGUACAAGUUGAGUUCCCAGGCUCGAUCUAAAACAGAGGCAGCCAGGUCGAAAGCAGCUCAAGAGGUGUACAAAGAACUUCAAAACGCAAGGCAAGAAGCAUUGCAAAAAAAGAAGGCAGAGAGAAAAAAGAUGCAAGAGGAGGCUGAAGCAAAGCUCAGUGCAGAGGCUGUUCGCAAGAAAGAAGCAAAAGAGCGUGCUCGUCAGAUGAAGAAGGGUAUGCCAAAAAUAAAGAUGAACCGUGCUCACUAGAUUUUAAGAUAAAUCCCGUCACUGGGCAAACACCGUAUUUUACUUUCUUCCUUCAAUGCUUUUACAUGGUAGCUGUGGCAUGCAUAGAUUUUCUUGAUUCCAUGCUCUCACGCAGUGUACUUUAGGGCUGAGAAUGUACUAAAAUGCAACACUUUGGAAACUUGAAAUUUUUCUUAGAUGACAUUUUUCACUUGGUUUGGGAGU